CUCAGAAGGCGGUUCCUAGCCGACGACAGCCGCACAGGACAGUCAGCUGGUGAGCGAGCGAGUCACCAGAACCUGUGUGAGAGGAAACGGAAGAUGGCGGAUGUGAAGAUGCAAAGCCGAGUAGGACUGGCGUUAUGUUCUGUUUUAUUCGCCUUUUUGUCUCUGGGGCAGUGCAGCGACCAGGUUCCCGUCGUUAUCUGGUCAAGUGAAAGCUCUCUGUGGCAGGUGCAGGACGCCCCUGCCCUGGGUCAUGUUGUUUCUGGUUCUCAGCUGGUUACCUACCUGAGCUCUGCAAUCAGCAAUGGACCUCGCAAUGUGAUUCUCUUCCUGCAGGACAAGCUCAGUCUUGAUGACUUUACGAUGUACGGAGGGGCUUACGGGAACAAGCAGGACAACGCCUUUCCAAACCUGGAGGCUGCUCUGGAGAUGGCUCCCUCCUCCCUGGUGCUGCCCUCUGUAGACUGGCACGCCUCGAGUGCUGUGCCCGCCCUGCUGCAGGAGAAGCUGGAGACCAGCCCUGUGUACCUGGAGCCCUCCACACUGCGCCAGCUCCGACUCAACCACUCCAUCUCCUCCCUGCUGGUGCUGAGGCUGCCCUACACCACCAGCACCCAGUUUAUGUCUCCUAAGGAGAUGCUCAGUGGCAAUGAUGAAGUGAUUGGUGAGGUGCUGAGCAUUCUGAAGAGCCAAGCCGUCCCCUACACUGCGGUCUUCACUGCUCUCCGGCCGUCCCGGGUAAUUCCGGACGUGUCUCUGGCUGUGGAGAACCUCGGCCGCUCUCUCCUCCAAGCCCCUCCGAAGCCAGCCGCAGCCCCCCACCCUCCCGUGAUGUACAACAACUCGGUCGGGCCCUGCAUCCUGCUGUGGGCUGAGAAUCUGACCAUGAGCCACGUCCGCAGCGGGGGGGCACUGGUGCGCUUCGAGCUCACCUCUCGCACCUUCGGCCCCGGCGCCAAUGUAUCUCUGACUGACUCCAUGUGCAACCACACUCAUUCCAGGCUUGUCCUUAAUUAUGGAGAUGUGGAGGGUUACAAGGACUUCAAAGUCAUAUUUGUGAUGAACAGUCGUCUCUACCCAGUCUCUGCCCAGCACUGGUUCACUCUCGACAACGUUGAGAUUGAAUACAACGGUCUGAAGGCCAGAUUUAACGGCAGCAGGCAGAUCUACGCACCACAAAACUACUCCUUCCACUGCCAGUCUGUCACCAGCUUCCGAAACCCCCUGCUGGUGCCGUUCAGCAGCAGCGACAACGCCACCAACUGGAGAGUCUCCUUCACAGAGUUCCAGAUCCAGGGUUUCAAUGUGACCGGGCCCAGCUUCUCCUAUGCCAGUGACUGCGCUGGUUUCUUCACUCCAGGGAUCUGGAUGGGUUUGCUCACCACUCUGCUGAUGGUGCUCAUCCUGACCUACGGGCUUCACAUGCUCAUGCAGCUGAAGACCAUGGACCGGUUCGACGACCCCAAAGGAGCCUCCAUCUCCGUUCCCCAGACAGAGUAACCAGCCUGGGAAGCACACUCAGUCCACUGAGGGAUUCUAGGGUUUACAGUUAGACAUUUAUGCACAUCAUUGUGUUUUAGAGAUUGUCAAUGGAAAUAUUUGAUGCCAGAAAUUACAGAUUUAUUGAAGGUUAUUUUUAAAACUUUAUUUGAAGAUUGGGUAGAUUUAUCAUCCAACUAUUAAACAUUCAAUAGCACUGAGUUUAGAAAUACUAAAACAUUUCAAUUCAAUGGCAAACGUUUCAACCAGAAGCCUUUUUCAGUAUAUCUUUCAAUAACUACAUUUGAAGACAUUGAAAGACUUCUUGCUGGAACAUUUGUUGUUGGUUAGAAGAUAAACUUUUUUUUUUAUCGUAGUUAUAAACCUGCAUUGAAUUUGAAUUUAACAUAAUGUGUGUUCAGUUCUGCAGUGUGUACAUAAUGGGAUUUGCUCCACAUAUGUACCUAACUUUGAAAAUAACCUCCCUAGUGACUCAAUAUAUUAGGAAAUAAUUUGCUUCCAUUUACUGAAAAUACAAUUUCCCAGGAUAGUUUCUCUAAAACUUCAAUACAAUACUUCAGCACUGUUUUCAUCUGGGUUAAGUCUUACAAUCCCAUGUACAAGGCCUUUCCUGCAGCUCUACAGCAGUGAAUUCAUUCCUGUGUGGAAGCUUGAGAAUCACAUUGCAGUAAGCAUGCAUUAGAAAGGCGUGUGCGUGCACCUCUGUGUUUGUAUGAGUAAGGCUUUAUUAAACAUGCCUGUGUGGAAUCACAGCUACAGGAAGGGUGGUACCUGACACUUCCUGUGUUUUAUGGACCUGAAUUGAUUUUUCUUUUUUUUUUUUUUUUUAAAUCCAAAAUGACUCCUGCAUCUUACAUGGGGGGUGUGCAAGACUAAACUUGGGAUAAGGUUGGGUUGUAGUAAUCCUUUCUAAAUUUAGUUAUUUAGGAAUGAACAGUUUAAUUGCAGAGAAACAGUAGGGGUAGGUCUGACUAUUAGUUUGUGGGUCAGUCCUUUCAUGCUGGAUGGUUCUUGAGAUUGAGAGAUGCAUAUAUUUUGUGGUGGUGUUAUUAUUUUCAUUCCCCUGGUGCUAAAUCACCAGCGAUUGUCCCCUGUUGUGUCUCUCUUUAUAGCAGUGUGGCUAUGUAUUGUUUUCUUGUUUCUUACACACACAGUAUAUGUAAAUAAAUUGCUGUAAUUCAGUAGCUUAUGGCACUGUUAACAGAAUGUAUCAAUGACCGCAGUUACUGCUGGCUACCAGAAGGGGCAGUGGUGUUUCCUGUCAGUGUCGGCCCCUCAGGUGUCUUUGAUUAUGUAGUAGAGGUUUAGGCAGAGAACUUGAAAAAUAACUUAUUUAAAUUGAUUAGUAGCAUGUUUCAGGCAUAUUUAUAUAUACAGGUGAAAAAUGUACGUAGGUGAUUUCUGUGUAUUUGUGAUGGUCCUGUGUCCUUUUUUUUUUUUUAAUUGAUGUGUUUUUUCCAAUACUUGAGUGUUCUGAGUUCUGUGAAGCCUUUCCAGUCCCCAAGUAUUGUAAUCUGAACUUGGGAAGGAUGUUUAAUUCAACUGGUUUUCCUGAGUAUUUAUUUUGCCAUUUUAUAAUCCCCUUAAAGAGUGUUUGAAUGACAGCCCUAUAAUAAAAUGACUAAUACAGAUAUUUAAGUUGUUCUUUUUGUUAGGGUAUAUUUGCUGAGAGUAUUGGACAAGCAUUGACUGGUCAGAUGACCUCUUGUUUGUGAAUUUGCCCCCCCCCCCCAAAAAAGUUGCAUCACAGUUAAUGAUAAAUGCAAACUAUAAGCAGUUUUUUAUUGAGAUUCAAAAACUGGUCUAACGUGUCCUUAUUAAAAUUAUCUUCAAAUUAAUUUUGAGGAAAACUAGUCGGCAGUCUUUAUGCUUAGAAUUCCAGGAUGGCCAAACAAACCUUCGUAUUUGUAUUUUCCUGUUAGGCUCCUAUUUUAUGUUAGUCUUUCUGUUUUAUAUCUUUAAAUAACUUUAAACCCAAAAUGUUGCACAGCUCUGAUUUUAAAGGAAAGCAGUUGCAUUUGACUUAUAUUUAUAAAAGUUUUGAAAUGUAGCUUUUGAUCAGAAUCAUCCACUACAGUUAAACUAUGAAUUAAUAAAAUAACAUGCUUGUAAUUUCGACCCCUACAUUUCCAGAAUGACUGGAAGGGCUGUGAGUGAGUUUCUGUCUGUUCACUGUGGUUCUGUAACACUAUUCAUUUACUGAGAUUUACUGUAUUGGGAGUGAAUGCAGAAUAAAAUGUGUAAAAAGAA